AUGAGCCUCUUGCCGGGCAGAGGCAAAUCGGCCCAGCCAAUGCAGUAUCAGUGCCUCGGCUGCGACUAUGGGGACUCGGUAUCUUUGAGAAUAGAGAAGGGCGACAAGGCCUUCAGUUUAGGCGAGUAUGAUUUGGCAGCCGAGAUCUUCCGUUUAGUAAUGCCCCGGGUGCCCAAACCCGACCGAGAUCUGUGUCUGAGGAUGGGGAACGCGCUGGCCCGCGCGGGCCAUAUCUUCGAGGCUCUGGGCGCGUUUCGCGGGGCGGCGUGGCUCAGGGCGUUGCGGCCUGAGGAGUUGGGGCACCUGGCCUGCGGCAUCGCGCACAACGUCCGCGUGGAUGAGUGGUAUCUGGAGGCACUGCAACCAGAAGACGACCUUAGUGUGCUGUACUUGGGGCGGCCACCCACAGUCCCACGGCCCCCGACAUCUGCCUCGCUUCGCGACUUGUUAUGCUGCCCGCGCUGCGCGCAACUACUCUUGAAGCCGGUGACCCAGCCGUGCGGGCUAACGGUCUGCUUGCACUGCGUGGAAAAGGGCGUGUCGCAGUCUCAUGCUGGACUAGUCAGCGUGGUGCUGAACAACCUGCUCAAGAAAUGCUUCCCGAACGAGGGCCGUGUGCGCAGUUUGGCUACGCAGGCGCGGACCAUGCAGCGCCGGCAACAACACGAAGCUGCGCUGGUGAGAUGCGAGCAGGCUCUGGCCCUGGUUCCUGGUGAUAAUUCAUUAUUGCUGUUGCGAGCAGAGUUAAAUUUAAACACGAAGAACUAUGAGCAGGCUUUACAGGAUACCAGUGAAGUUUGUCAGAAUGAGCCCUAUUUCCUUAAGGCACAUCAUAUGCAAGCUCAAGCUCUUUCUGGACUGGGAAGAACUAAAGAAAUGUUGAAGGAGUGUCUCUACUGCCUUGCCUUAAAUCCUGAAUUUAACUCAGUGAAGGUAGAAGCCCAGAAGGUGUUAUGUGAGUUGUUGUUUAAAAAUUUAGCUCAAAACUCAGCUCCUCCCACCCGAAGAAGAACAGUGAGCACCAGAUCUAAGCUUAAGUCUAAUAGCCGUGCAAAAACCCAGUCUUGUCUGGCAGAAGAUUGUACUGCAGGGAGUUCUAAGAGUUCAUCUGUAAACCGUGACAUGUUUAAAAAUACCAAUGCUUCAGUUUUCUAUCAUAUAAUGAGUCAACAAUGUGAAGAGGAUAAUGAAAUAAUAGAGAAUAUCCUUUCAAUAAAACCUGGCACUGGUGUAAAGAGACGGUUUCCCAGUGAAUUGAAGAGUGUGCCUGAUGUGAACAUCCCUGAAAAAAUUCCUAAGAAAGCUUCUUCACCUCAAAGUAUCAUGGACUCAGAAGUUGGAAAAAAUCCAGGGAUCUCAAUAGCUGUAACUGAUUUGGAGUGUUCUUUCUGCAUGAGGUUGCUUAUUGAGCCUGUUACUACACCAUGUGGACAUACGUUUUGCCUAAAAUGCCUUGACAGCUGUCUUGACCAUGCCCCACAUUGUCCGUCAUGCAAAAAAUUACUUCCUGAAUUGUUGGAAAGCAGAAAUUUUCAAAUAACUACUCUGGUUGAAGAAUUAAUACUUCGAUAUUUGCCAGAUCAGUUGUCCAACAGGAAGAGAAUUCAUAAUGAAGAAAUGUUGGAACUAACAAUUUAACAUUUUUCCUUACUUUCUGGUUUGACCAGAGAUGUUCCCAUCUUUGUGUGUACCAUGGGCUUCCCUACCGUCUCCUGUCCACUCCAUGUCUUUGAGUUACGGUAUGAGCUUGUGGUAAGAAGAUGCAUGGAAACUGGCAUCAAACGCUUUGGCAUGUGUUUGCCUACUGAAGAUGUGGAAGAGGGUCCAGAGUAUGAAGAACUCAUCACUCUUCAUGACUCAGUUUAUCAGCAGUCAGUUUCCUGGUUUAAUUCUCUUCAGGGUGACGUGAGAAAGCAAAUUAUAGAAAAUUUUGGGUUAAUGCCAGGCAAGAAAUCUGAGCCACAGAGUGUUCGUGAUGGUCCUGCUUGGUGCUGGUGGGUCCUGGCAGUGUGGCCAUUAGAAAACAAGGCUAAACUGGCUAUCCUGGCCAUGACCUCGCUGAAAGAGCGUCUGCUUGCCAUUCAGCGUGUACUAGUACUUGCUACACGUAUGAUGAAUAGUCCUGAAGAGCUGGCUGAUACCAGAAAGAGAAAGAAGUGA